AUGAAGUACUCUGUCGUCUCUGCUCUGGCGCUUGCCGCUUCCUCAGUCAACGCCCAUGCUAUCAUGCAGCGUAUCAUGGUCGAUGGUGUUGAUCAAGGCUCCCUGACCGGUAUCCGUGCUCCUAACAGCAACAACCCCGUCCAGGAUGUCAGCUCCUCAGACAUCCUCUGCGGUGCCGGCUCUGGCACUUCCUCCAAGCUCAUCACCAUCCCUGCUGGUGCUUCGGUCGCUGGCGGAUGGGCUCAUCUCCUCGGUGGACCUCAAGGCUCUGGCGACUCGGACAACCCCAUUGCUAAGUCUCACAAGGGUCCUACUCAGGUUUACCUUGCUAAGGUCGAUGAUGCUGUUUCUGCUUCUGCUACUGGUCUUAAGUGGUUCAAGAUUGCUAGCGAUGCUGUCACUUCAUCUGGUGUCUGGGGUGUUGAUGACAUGAUCAAGAACACCGACUCCAACGGCUUCGGCUGGCAGAAGUUCACCAUGCCUAGCUGCAUUGCUCCUGGCCAAUACCUUAUGCGUGUUGAGUUGCUCGCACUCCACUCUGCUACUGCUGAGGGCGGUGCUCAGUUCUACCAAUCUUGCGCUCAGAUCAAGGUUACUGGAUCUGGUUCCUUCUCACCUUCGACUUCGAACGAGAUGUCCCUGCCUGGUGGUUACUCAGCCACUGACCCCGGUAUCCUUGCCAACAUCUACGACUCCUCCAUCUACACUUCCUACAAGGCUCCCGGUCCUGCCGUAAUCAGCUGUGGCGCUGGCAAUGCUGCACCCGCACCUGCAACUUCCGCCGCUGCUGCAUCAUCCAAGCCUGCCACUUCUGCUGUUUCUGGUACUGCUGCUCACUGGGGUCAGUGUGGUGGUCAGGGAUGGACUGGACCUACUACCUGCGUUUCGGGCACUACUUGCAAGGUCCAGAAUGAUUGGUACUCCCAGUGCCUGUAA